AUGUCAUCAAUAAUAAAUCAGUGCAGCUGGUAUCAUCAUCCAUUAAAGCAUGUUGAAAAUGAACUGAGAAAAACACCUGUCUCAAGUGAUCCAACACCUCUCACCUUCUCUCCCCCAGAUAAGGUGGCCAUCAAGGUGCUGGAUAAGAUGCGGCUGGAUGUUCAGGCCCAGAGGCUGCUCUCCAGGGAGAUCUCCAGCAUGGAGGCCCUGCAGCAUGCCAAUGUGGUGCGUCUGUAUGAGGUGGUGGAGUCACACAGCCGACUCUACCUGGUGCUGGAGUAUGCCGGGGGAGGGGACCUCCACACACACAUCUGCUCCGAUGGCAAGCUGUCAGAAGCUGAGGCCAAGAUCACCUUCGCACAAAUCCUAUCCGCCAUCAAACACAUGCACGACAAAAACAUAAUCCACCGGGACCUGAAGGCUGAGAAUGUACUGUACACCUGUAAUGGCUGUGUGAAGGUGGCUGACUUUGGCUUCAGCACCAGGGUCACCAACUGCAGUGACACCCUGGACACCUUUUGUGGCUCUCCCCCCUACGCCGCGCCUGAACUCUUCAGAGACGAGUGCUACGUGGGGCCGCCAGUGGACGUAUGGGCCAUGGGCGUCCUGCUCUUCUUCAUGGUGACUGGCACCAUGCCCUUCCGAGCCGACACCAUGGGCAAGCUGAGGCUCGCUGUUAUAGAGGGGGUCUACACCCUCCCGCCCUGGGUGCCAGGCCCAUGCCAGCGGCUGAUUCGGGGCAUCCUGAAGCCUGUGCCAGCAGAACGCUACGCGGUGGACCAGAUGCUGGGCUGUGACUGGCUGCUUCCUGUGGAGUACCCGUGGACUGUGGUGCCACCGGUCCCCCUCAACCCUCUGCGCCUGGCGGAUGCAGAGCCUGGGGAGCUGGAUGAUGAGGAGGAGGAGAUCAGGGCCUCCCUGGAGGAGCUGGGUGUCAACAUGGAACACAUACGCAACAACGAGGGCAAGGACAGCCGCAGCCCCAUCACUGGACUUUACCGCAUCCUCUUACACCGCGCCCAGAAAAGGCGUGGCGCUGAGACUGUGCCUGUGGUCGGAGGGUUGGUCCGGGACCCUAAGAGAGAGGGCCUCCGAGCUUACAGAAGUCUGAUGCACUCCUCCAGGUUAUGUGUCCUUCAGUAAGUGACCAGCCUGGACAUGGGACCUUGAAAGCCUGCUUUAAUCCAUUGAAAAUUCUGUCUGGGUCAUACAGCUACAAAUGUUUUAUUGCACUUUGGGAUGAAAGUGAAAAUGUGUUUUGUGUGAAUGUAACACAGGAACCUCUGUAGAUGAACAGUUAUGGUAACGUACAGAUACUGAAAUAUUGGACUGCUGGUCAUGAAGGAUUGAUGUCUCUAACAAAGUAAGAUUGUUAUUGGUAAUCUUUUAUGAAUCUGAAAUAGAGGUGUAAAAGUGCCUGAUGAAAUAAUGAGUCCCAUCAAAAUGAAUUUAAAAAGCACCCUUUUUCGUAUAUAAGUGAUACUUAUAUACUUUUAUUCAUAGCACAAUAGACCGCAUGAAAUAUGAAGAAUGUGCUGAAAGAGCAUUGCUUUUAGACAACUCUUUGGUUGUUUGAUGAAACAUCGAUAGUCUCUGAAAUCAGUAUGCUUGUUUGUCUUGUGAUUUUUCUUGCCCUUAGAGAAGACUUAUUUUGUGCAGGUGAUUGUCUCUGUAUUAUAUUCAACCACCAAAUGGAACCAUUGUGACUUAUUGAUGCUCUAAAU